AUGGCGGGAAAUGGAUUUGUUUAUUUGCCAACGGAGGUGAAUAAGGUUGUCGAACCGUACGUGGAUGCGGGGAAUUUGCUCAUCAUCGAUAACGAUCCAGUAACAUUCAAGGCGAAGAAUGGUGGGCCCAUUGAGGAAGAGCUGUCGGCGAGAGUACGAGAAAAUGCCCAGUUUUUGUUCAAUAAAAUAUGGGAGUUGGAGCGCAUUCGCGUCGAUGAAGCGAUUUGUGCUAAAUUACCAGUGCCGAUUUUGCGACUUCCCAGGGAAAAACCAUUGCCAGAGAAGCGACAGCUCACGAAAUGGGAAGAGUACGCGCAACAGAAAGGAAUAAGAAAAAAGAAAAGGAGUAGAAAUGUUUUCGAUGAACGAACUCAGUUGCAGCUUGUGAACCAAAUCAACAGAGCUCGCUUUGCAACGGCGUCACAUGGUGCUUUCCAGCCAGAAGUGAAAAAUGAGAAAAAACUACUGAAAACGGGCAAACAUCACAAGUAUGAACCGAACGAAGCUUCUGUUUCUGAUGAGCGUAAAAAGCAACUCGAAAUUUUGGAGAAGAUAUCCUCCAAAAAGCAACUUUUAAAUCAAGCACGUUUGCCUGUGAGCCAGCAAAACGAAGUCGACAACAGAGAGAAGUUAGUAAAUAUUGAAUUUUUAACGACAGCAAGACGACUGUAUUCUGAAAUAAAAGACAGAGGAAAAGUGAUUAAUAUAACAACACCGGAAGGGAAAAAGAAAUGA